ACGAAACCAGAGACCGAGCUAGGGGGCCGAGCUGGUAUUUAAAAACACGACGCAGCCGCUCAAUAACGGAACCGCGGUAAUGUUCAUUCUCAGGACAGAGCGCGUCAGGAGAAGAAGGGAAUAGAAAUACGAACUGAAGAGGAAGGGGAGACUCAGUCAAGCAACCUUUGAUGAUUUUAAUUCUUCUAUGCUUUGAAGACAUAUACACAGUCGCAAUGGAAUAAAACAAAACAUCCACGUAUGAAAGACGAAGGCUACACCGAAUUUCACCGCGGUUUCUCAAUUGCCUGAGGAAAUGUACAGAAUAGCCUCCAUCAUUGAAAAUGCGUCACAUGUCAGGAUGAUCUUCGUUGGACAUAGACUGCUGAUGGAAAUGAUGUCAUAUAAAAUGAAGGCAAAUUCCGCGCGCAACUGACGUCUAGGGCUUCAUUAUAUCAGAGCAGGUGCGGUGUGUGUGUGUCCCUGCGACAUUUACCGUUAUACGCGUGUUCUGAAGAUUUAACUGUGAACGUGGCGUGGGCCUGCAAGUCUGAUCACAGAGAAGAGAACCGGGAUCUAUAACAACUUGAUGUCAACCUGAGAAAUAAAACAUACUGGGAAAAUGUCAUCUGCAAUUGAAAGGAAGACGAUGGAGGCUAACGAGGAGCCGGUGGACGAGGUGUUACAGAUGCCCCCGUCCCUCCUGAACUGUGGGGGGUGCCAGCAGAGCAUCGGGGACAGGUUCUUCCUGAAAGCCAUUGAGAAGUACUGGCACGAGGACUGUCUGAGCUGUGACCUGUGUGGCUGCAGACUGGGAGAGGUGGGACGAAGACUCUACUACAAACUGGGACGCAAGCUCUGCCGCAGAGACUACCUCAGGCUGUUUGGACAGGACGGGCUGUGUGCUAGCUGUGAGAAGAGGAUCAGAGCGUUUGAGAUGACCAUGCGUGUGAGGGACAAGGUCUACCACCUGGAGUGUUUUAAAUGCGCGGCCUGCCAGAAACACUUCUGUGUCGGGGACCGUUACUUGCUCAUCAACUCAGACAUUGUGUGUGAGCAGGACAUCUUUGAGUGGACCAAACUCAACAACAACAUGGUUUAGUAGUUUCUAGAACACUCUAGAACAUUCUAAAAACACUCUAGAACACCUCAAAAACAUGGUGUAGAACACUCUAGAACAUUCUACAACACUCCAGAGCACCUCAAAAACAUGGGGUAGAACACUCUAGAACAUUCUACAACACUCUAGAACACCUCAAAAACAUGGGGUAGAACACUCUAGAACAUUCUACAACACUCUAGAACACCUCAAAAACAUGGGGUAGAACACUCUAGAACAUUCUACAACACUCUAGAACACCUCAAAAACAUGGGGUAGAACACUCUAGAACAUUGUAGAAGACCACAACGAUGAGAUGGUUUUGACUGUGAUCGUGACCUCUCCAUUUGGAAUCAACAGCAUGAUAAAAUAUCUCAAGAUGUACAGCAAGAUAAUCGAUCUCAAACUUUUGGACAAAGGUCGCCACAUACGACGCUCUCUUGUACCUCUCAAGUCUGUUUAGAUGUUUGAAGAGAGUUGUUUCACCAUUGAUCUGUACUGGAGGCAAAAGGAAGGCUCAAUCCACCAGCGAAGGGAGAAAAGUUUCAUUAUCUUGGGUUCCACCCUUUCAAUGCAAAAUAAGGAAAAUGUAUACAUGCAAUAAUCUAUGUGCUCAUUGCAGAAAUGUCAAUAUUUCUUGCAUCAUGCAGUGUAAUAGAGAUUUGCUCAUAGAGCUAAAUGAUGAGCGGUGUCACUGGAAUUUUUUGUUGUCCAACACUGUUAUUUCACCUCUCUAAGGAAAUAUUUGUUAUGAAUAUAUAUAAAGUGUUCUGUCCAAAAAAAGGUUGAUUCCAUUCCGAAGUAAUACAUUCGUAAAGUUAAAGUCUGUUUGGGGAGUCCGCAUGUGCCCCCUAGUGGCCAAGGGGAAAGCUUUCAGUAUUAUUUCAAUAGGACUGAAAGAAGUUCAAAAGACAAGUUUCCAAUGUUUUAUUUGUUUUGUUUUUGUAACUUUUGUUUUCUUUCAAUAUGGCUCAAAAACUUUGGGAUAUUUGUUAUUUAUAUCUGUUUAAUUAAACCCUCAUUAAAAUAUGUUACAUUUAGUAGA